AUGGCUCCCUAUGAGAUGAUACAUGGGCAAAAAUACAAGUCACCGCUUCAUUGGGAUGAAGUAGGUGAAAGACAAAACUUGGGUUCGGAAGUAAGUACGGAAGCUAGUGAGGCGGUGGAGAAUAUCAGGAAAAGGAUGUUGACUGCCCAAAGUAGACAAAAGAGUUAUGCAGACCCAAAGCAACGAGAUAUUGAGUUCAUAGUGGGCGACCAUGUUUUUCUAAGAGUGUUGCCCAUGAAGGGAGUUAUGCGUUUUGGGAAGAAGGGUAAGAUAAGCUCGAGAUUCAUAGGUUCAUUUGAGAUUUUGGACAGAGUUGGGUCGGUGGCCUAUCGUUUAACUUUACUGCUAGCCCUAUCAGAGACGCAUAACAUCUUUCACAUUUUCAUGUUUCAGAAAUACGUGUCAGAUCCAUCCCAUGUGUUGAAUUACGAGCUGUUAGAGUUGAGACAGGACCUGUGCUAUGGUGAGCAGCCAAUGAUAAUCUUAGAAAAGGGAAACAAGGAACUGAGAUUCAAGAAGAUUCCAUUAGUCGAGGUCCUGUGGAAGAGUUUGGCAAGAGAAGCUAGCUGGGAGUUGGAGGAAUACAUGAGAAAGCAAUACCCUGAGCUGUUUGGUGAGUCGAAUUUCUAG